AUGAUAGGUGGCAUUUUCCCAGUUUAUUCAAGACAGGAGAAUAUACUUUUUUCAUUUGAAAACAAACCACCAGUGGCAGAAUGUAAAGGUUUUGACUUAGAAGCCUUUCGGUGGACAAGAAUCAUGAUGUUGGCUAUAGAUGAAAUAAAUCAGGAUGCUCAUUUGCUUCCAAACAUUUCUUUGGGAUAUAUGAUUGUAAACUCUUGUUCUUCUCCCACUAAUGUUUUAAGAGCUGCCUUCACUUUGAUGAGCACAUCAGAGCAAAAUUUCUCUCAUUGUCAUCCACCUCCCAUAUUAGCUCUCAUAGCUGAAUCAGGAUCUACUCAGUCUUUAGCUGUUGCUGGGGCAGUUGGACCAUUCAAAAUGCCACUGGUGAGUUACUUUUCAACAUGUGCAUGUUUGAGUGACAAGACAAAAUAUCCUACAUUUUUCCGAACAAUACCAAGUGACUAUUACCAGGCAAAGGCUUUGGCUUUCCUUGUCCAAUGGUUUAGGUGGACAUGGAUUGGAGUUAUACACUCUGACAAUGAUUAUGGACUAAAUGGAAUAACAGCAUUCACAAAGGAAGUUGAGGCUCAUGGGGUUUGUAUAGCAUUUAUUGGCAAGAUUUUGCGUACAUAUCCAAAAAGUAAAAUCCUUGAAGCUGUUGAACUGAUAAAGCGGUCAACUGUUAAAGUGAUCCUUGCAUUUGUGCCAGAGAAAGACAUUGAUCCUUUAAUGAAAGAAGUGGCAAAACAAAACAUCACAGGAAUACAGUGGGUUGGAAGUGAAGCAUGGGUAACUGCAGACAGUCUUUCCACUCCCGAAAUGUUUAAAUAUUUUGGAGGAACAAUAGGAUUUGUGGUCCGAAAGAUGGCCAUUCCUAAACUGGCACCAGUUCUCAAAAAUAUCAGUCCUUAUAACGAUUUUGGAUCAUUUUUUGUUAGUGAUUUCUGGGAAGCAUUGAUCGGCUGUAGACCUCCAUCAUCAGUAACUGAUCAGUUAAAGAAAGUACGUUUUGUGGAUCCAUUUGGGGAGGUAGUGUUCUUUGACAAGAAUGGAGACCCCCCUGCUUCAUAUGAAGUCAUAAACUGGCAGCUAAGAGAAGGAAAAACUCCAAAAGCUGUUUGCACAGAAAUCUGUCCACAAGGCACAAGAAAAGCACGAAUUAAAGGUUUACCUGUGUGCUGCUUUGACUGUAUCAAAUGUGCUGAUGGCUCUAUAUCAAAUAUAACAGCAACUGAUUGUAUCAUCUGUCCACAAGAGUACUGGUCUAAUGAAAACAAAGACAGCUGCAUCUUGAAAACAACAGAGUUUCUUUCAUACACUGAAACAAUGGGAAUUAUUCUCAUGGCCCUGUCAAUAUUUGGUGCCUGUUUAACAUUUUCCACUAUGGGGGUGUUCAUACACUUUAGAGACACACCAAUAGUUAAAGCAAAUAAUUCUGAGCUAAGCUUACUUUUACUUAUUUCUCUUAUAUUCUGCUUUCUCUGUCCACUCACAUUUAUUGGUGAGCUAACAGUCUGGUCCUGCAUGUUGCGUCACACUGCAUUUGGUAUUGCCUUUGCCCUGUGUAUUUCCUGUAUGUUAGGAAAAACUAUCGUUGUGGUAACUGCCUUCCGAGCAACAUUACCUGGAAACAAUAUAGCAGAAAAGUUUGGACCACCUCAACAAAGAGCCAUUGUGUGCUCAUGCACUGCAGUUCAAAUAGUUAUCUGCAUUCUUUGGAUAAAUGUUGCACCACCAUUCCCAGAUAAAGUCUUUGAACAACACAGUAAAAAAAUCGUUUUAGAAUGUAAUACAGGCUCAGAUGCUGCUUUUUAUGCUGUACUAGGAUACAUUGGUCUUCUUGCUAUAGUUUGUUUGUUUCUCGCCUUUUUAGCAAGAAAACUACCUGAUAAUUUUAAUGAAGCAAAAUUCAUAGCGUUUAGUAUGCUUAUAUUCUGUGCAGUUUGGAUCACCUUUAUUCCAGCUUAUGUCAGCUCUCCUGGAAAGUAUACUGUAGCUGUAGAAAUAUUUGCAAUAUUGUCUUCUGCUUUUGGCCUACUGUUAUGCAUUUUUGUACCAAAAUGUUACAUCAUUUUAAUCAAACCAGAGAGAAACACAAGAAAGCAUAUAAUGGGUAAAAACUCAAAGGUUACUUAA